AUUGUCUUGGAUUGUCCUUCGGAAAAAUCAAGGCGUGAAGAAACCAGAAAAUGGCGACCGCGAUGGAAGUUGACCCACCAGCUAGCACUUCUGGUGCCUCUAGCAAGCCACCACAGAAGCGUUUCGAGGUCAAAAAGUGGAAUGCAGUGGCUCUAUGGGCAUGGGACAUUGUGGUGGACAACUGUGCCAUUUGCAGGAACCACAUCAUGGACCUUUGCAUUGAGUGUCAAGCCAACCAGGCAUCAGCUACUUCUGAGGAGUGCACUGUGGCUUGGGGAGUCUGCAAUCAUGCAUUCCACUUUCACUGCAUCUCCCGUUGGCUGAAGACACGGCAGGUGUGCCCCCUGGACAACCGGGAGUGGGAGUUCCAGAAGUAUGGACAUUAGAGAUGGAACAUGGAGCUGCAGCAUCUUUGGUGUUGGAGGGAGGCUGCUGGAUGAUUUAGUAGCAGCUGUUAAGACAUUAUAUUAAAAAAAAAAAGAAAGACACAUUCAUGUACAGGCACUUUUUGUCAGUUGCAUCAAGGGUAGAUUUUUAACCUCAUUGGUUACAUUGGGUAAAAAAAAACACAGGAGUUUCAAAAACAACAGAAAAUGUAAAGACAAACAUAAUGUUUUGGCUACAGUUUGAGUCUAGGGUGAAACCGAAUGUUGUUCAUGCAUGGGUAUCAUGUUUUGUUUGGUUAUUAUAUAUUGACUGUUUUUGCUUUAUCAUAUAUAAGUGUUAUGUAUCUUCUGUGAACAACAUCACAGUGAGACAUAUGAAAAUUUGCAACAUGCAUCAUUGUCCAUUGUUGAGAGAAAUAAAAUGUUGAUGAUGAUGAG